AUGUCCUGGACAUUCAAGCACGCUUCAAAAGCGUGUUUGAAUGCCUGGUGGGCCAGAGCACACCAACAACGCAUUUUUGGCGCGUUUUCACACGCCAAAACGCGUCAAAACGCACCAACACGUCCACAGAGCAACCCGAAGGUCGCCCCAAGCGACGGUUGCACGUUCUGCGACAUCUUUCGACGUCGUGGUGGUGGUAGAGAAGAGAGAGGUGCCAGCUGGCGCCCCAGCUACCUGAAUGGGAAAUACAACACAGCUCCAAAGAUGUCCACCAAUCCUCCGAAGCAUGUUGCCUUCGUUCUUGAUGGUGCUCAGAAGCGAACAAACAUCGCUGAUGUCGAUACCACCUGUGGCUCCGGGUGGCUAAUAUAUGCAAUGCAGUCGGAGAUUGCGGAGAGAUUUCUUGCAGAGCCGAAGCUACACGGCUACAUUUAUGACUAUCUGGCGGCCACCAAGAACAAGAGCCGGGUUCAUCCUGGCCAGAAGUAUACUGAAGUGAUCAUUGCCGAAGACGUUCUUUGGGCCUAUCGGCUCGAGAUGCAUUCCAAUGUCAAGCUGACAAUCCUACUCUGGGACCCAUUCCGAGAUUUCAUCAUGGCGACGUAUGGGACCAAGCCCCAGACGUUGAAGAAAGUCCUAGUCCAUCAGGGAUUCGACAUCCUUGUUCACAAUGCGUCCCAGCUCAUGCACGACUGCAAUGAUGCUGUGCUUUGGGGCGACGAUCCUCUACAGAAGGACGAGUAUUACCGUCGUCUGCGGUCCUUGACCCCUAUAUUCCCAGUGUGGCCACCCCUACAAGCAGUGCGCUACAGUGCGAAAACAUUCUCCAUCAUCCAGGCGCUGCGGAGUCCGCCCUACCGGGUACCAGGGUUACAGACGUUCAUUCCGCGCGAGCAGGUGACCGUGAGGGUGGACAAAUGGCGGAUGUACAAGCGCGAGGCUACCACACACGGAAUCCAUGUCCAUGAUGGCCGCAUAUACCCCAGGGGUCUCAUAGACCAAGACCGAAAACAGAAUCGCGGCCGAUGGGUGUGGUUCGAAAUGCCCCGCCACCCAUCACUUAGCAACGCUGGUCAGAUCCGUGUUUAUAUGUCUCAGGGGCGCCUCACGCACGUUGUACACACCACCCGAGUUGGAAAUCAGCUGGAAGGCAGCCCCGUGCGAUGUGUGCUCAGGCCGGAGGAGAUCCAAAUGCCCAACGCAAACCUUAGCACCGGUGCAUUCGUCGGAAUCUUCGAACGGGAGGGCGGGACGAUGGAAGCGCGUACAAAGGCCAUGGAGGAAAUCCGCGAGAUGUGCAAUCACAUCAUAAGCAACAUGACCACUCACCUUGAAGAAAAAUCAAUGCAUGGGGGGUUCUGCUUAGCACAGUGCUGCCGACUCGACUUUGGUGUGCUUCCGUUGCUUGGGAGCCACAAGUGGAUUAUCACCGGCAUGACCUGGGGCUGUGGAAUGGACCUGUAUGCAUCUGUUGAUCCUCAGAACGCUGUUGUGUUCAUAGAUACUGUGCUCGACGCGGUCAUCAACAGGUGGAAUGCUUAG